AUGUCUCCUGGACUGCUCGUUGUACCCAAAACAUAUGCAGAAGCGAAACUGAAAGAAUUCGAACCACCAACAUGUUUUAAUCCUCCUCACUCGCAGCCGGCGUGUAAUCCAGCUUCUAGCAAUGCUCCUACUCCCCAGUCGUGGCUCCCUCGAUCACGCGGUCAUUUAAAUAUCGAAACUGAUGCCAUCAUCGGGACACAGAUUCAAAUCUAUGUGGAGGACAAAGUAGUGCACGAAAUAGAGAAGAUGGCACCGCAGGCCUCGGGUAGUGCGCCUUCUGGCACGAAGUGGGACGGGACAGACUGGCGUUCAACUGGAAAUCCUGACUAUGUCUGGGUCAAUAAUGCGUGGAACCACAAGCCAGCUGGCAUGCGCUGGGAUGGGACAGACUGGCGGUCAACUGGCAAUCCUGACUACGUUUGGGUCGCCAGUCAAUGGGUCUCCAAAAAAGCUUCAGGACGAUGA